AUGUUUUAACAAUUCCUUGAAUUUUUAACUAUUUCUUAAAGAUUUCAUAUAGAAAAAUCAAUAAUCUGUCAUUCAUAGGAAUUUUUGAAGAUAUUCAUAAGUAUUAAUUAUUAAGAUAUUUUAGAGUGUAGGAAUCAUAUGAUAGUUAGUUCGAAUUAGAGACUUGUGAGGUAGACGUAAAAUAUAAUGGAAAUGAUGAUAUUCUGA